GCAACAGCAACUUAUUAGCUAGACCGCGUGUCCUCCUCUUGUACGCUACCAAAGCUUGUGUGCGCCAUUUGCCUAUAAAUGGUGGCGCCGGCUAGAGGCUAUCCAUUCAAUUCAAUUGUGCUCAUCACCAUCUCCGAUACCAAAGCUCAUCUUCUUCUCCUUGAAAUCUUUUCGGGUUCACCAGAUCUGAAGGAUGUCUUGCAACUGUGGAUCCGGCUGCAGCUGCGGCUCAGACUGCAAGUGCGGGAAGAUGUACCCUGAUCUGACCGAGCAGGGCAGCGCCACCGCCCAGGUCGCCGCCGUGGUCGUCCUCGGCAUGGCGCCUGAGAACAAGGCCGGGCAGUUCGAGGUGGCCGCCGGCCAGUCCGGCGAGGGCUGCAGCUGCGGCGACAACUGCAAGUGCAACCCCUGCAACUGUUAAAGCUGCUACGUAAGUGUGAUGGUGUGAGAGUAUACGUGAAUAACGAGCGUCUGAUGAUCUGAUGGAGUCGGGCAAGGGUGCGUGUGCGUGCGCGUGUGCGUGUGGUGUGGUUUACUUGCUCGCUCUCCGCCUAUGCUCUGCCCUCGGUGUCGUGUGUAUGUAUGUGCUUGUGUCUCGGUAAUUGCUCCAUUGUCUCCACUACGAUGGAGUCAUGAAUAUAUAAGAUUGAAAGGUUUACCUAA